GGUUGGCAUAUGCAAUCGAGAAACGUGAAAAUGAAAUAGAUGCAUCCGGAGGGCGUUUCAUAACUAAAUUCUAUGGCCCAUUGUUAGCCGCAGGUUUAUUAACAUUUAAUAUACUUAUAAUACUGUUUGGAGCUCUGGUGCUGAGGAGGAUCACUCAACGUCAUGGAAUGAACAAAAGUUGCACUUUUUAUGAUAUCUAUUCGAGUGAUUCAAGUGAUUCGAGUAAUUCGACGGACUCGGUUGAGAGUAACCCUUCACCUGAUAAUUACAAUGAUAAAGGUCGAGAGAUUUCUGAGGAAUUUUUUAAUGACUUUGAUAGUGAUGGUGCGAAUGAUAAAACCGAAAAAUUUAUUGACGAGUAUCAUGAAAAUCAUGAACGUCACGAAGAAUAUGGUACAAACAAAUCUAUACCACCAGACAACUCAAUUGAAACAAUUCAAUCGACUCAAGUAUCGAUGGCACAAACGAAGGCUCAGAGAUCAUCUUUACACUCCAACUCAACAAUGCUGCGGAUUAACUCAAUUAGAACAAUACCGAUUUCAUCCACCAACUCACACAUAAACUCAGAAAUACCACAAGCAAGGAUAGCACGAACUGACUCCAACGCAACAUCGCCGCGGAUUAGCCCAAUUCAAACAAUGCCGAUUUCACCCAUUCACUCACACACUAAUUCAGCAAUAUCACGAACUGAGACAACUCGAACAGACUCGAUUACAUCCUCUAACUCGUAUAGCUCGACCCAAGUAUCGAUGCCACGAACGAUUGCUCAGAGAUCAUCUUUACGCUCGAACGACGCAACAUCGCCACGGAUUAGCUCAAUUCAAACAAUGCCGAUUUCGCCCAUUCACUCACACACUAACUCUGCAAUAUCACGAACUGAGACAGCACGAUCAGGCUCGAUUACAUCCUCGAAUUCGUACAGUUCAACUCAAGUAUCGAUGCCACGACCGAUGGUUCAGAGACCAACUUUACACUACAACUCAGCAAUGUCGCGGGUUAACUCAGUUAGAACAAUACCGAAUUCGCCCAUUAACUCACACACUAAUUCAGCAAUAUCACGAGCUGAGACAGCACGAACCGACUCGAUUACAUCCUCUAACUCGUACAGUUCGACCCAAGUAUCGAUGCCACGGGCGAUUGCUCAGAGACCAUCUUUACACUACAACUCAACAUCGCCGCGGAUUAGCUCAAUUAGAUCAAUUCCGAAUUCGCCCAUUAACUCACACACUUUCUCAGCAAUAUCACGAACUGAGACAGUUCAGAGACCGAAGAAUUCAACCAGACGAACUAGAUCAGUUCAAUUACCAGCUCCUGUUGCGCGUAUUGAACGUGGACCUGAGAAAAGAAAAGUUUAUUAUUCCUACAUAUAA